AUGGAUAUUUUUUUAUUCGUAAUAUCACUUUUUCUUUUAUUUGCAAUUUUAUUAUCAUAUACACCUUUUCAUGGUUUUAUUUUCGAAAAAAGAAUAACAGAAAAGAAAAAAUCAAACAGAGAAGUACGUAUUGACAAUGAAAACAUAACUCCUCUAUCAAAAAUUGUCCCAAAAUUUCAGGCAGCAAAACCAGAUAACAUUUCAAAAUUAAGUGAUUCCGUUCCAUGGUUUCCUGAAGGUAAACCUAAAAAAAAUUUAAAAUAUAAAAUUUAUGUUCAUAAAAAUGGUUCAUCUAUUGAAAAUAAGAAAUAUAAUAAGAAUUCUAAAGAAAAAGAAUAUAAAAUAUUCGAAAAAAAUCCUUCAAAAUUAAAAAAAAUUGAAAUUUUAAAAAUAAGUAAAUAA